UUCAGAGUGUCGCAUGUGAUCCUAUUCGUGUCGAGGAUCUGUUGCAAUCUGGGAAAGAAUUGUGUUUUGCGAACAUUAUGAACUGUUAGUGUUAUAAGACCUCGAAUUACAAAGUGAAGGUGACUCUGAACACUGGACAGCAUGGAGACAUCAGUGGGAAAGACGACAGGUCAGGUCUCGUACACCCAGAGUAACCCACUGUUUGACAUGUCACUCAGCAGCAGCGAUCUGUGCAGCAUCCAGCCUGACUAUCUGAAGCCCGCAAGGCCCAGAAGAAAAUGGUGUUUUCAUGUGAUAGUUGUUUACCUCAUCCUGCAGACACCUCUUAAUGCCUUUCUCAUUUAUAAAGUUUUCACUUUGGAGUCUUCACUAUCUAACCCCAAAUCUGAGAAGUUGAUAUUCAGUCACAUUUCCCUGGGUGAUGACACCCUCCAGACUCUCCUCAACAAUAGCCAAGAAACCAAGACACUGAGUGGUCACCUAUGGGCCCUGCAGAGCCAGGUUAAAAGCCUGUGUGGGGAGGAGGGUCAGCUGGUCAGGCUGAGGGCUGACCUGAGCCAGCUGAACAUCAGCAACCAAAAUCUGGAGGGCAAACUGAUGACUAUCAGCCUCAAACCAGGACGUCCAGGUCCUCCAGGUACAAAUGGGUCUCGUGGAUAUCCAGGUGUGCCAGGAGUGAAAGGUGCUAGAGGAGAUGCUGGCCUUCCAGGACCAAAAGGUGAAAUGGGACUCAAAGGAGACCCAGGAGCUGCUGGGGAAAUAGGUCCCAAGGGUCUACCAGGGGAUCAAGGACCAGGUGAAAAGGGAGAGAAAGGAGAACCAGGGAUUGCAGGUCUCCAUGGAGAAAAAGGUGAAGCUGGACUCUAUGGCCAGAAAGGAAUUCCCGGAAUUCCGGGCCUCAAAGGAGAAAAAGGAGACCUUGGAAAUGUUGGUCCACCCGGACCUCCAGGUGUGAGAGGACCUCAUGGUUUCAAUGGAACUGAGGGUCCCCCUGGACCACAAGGUGCCAAAGGGGAAAAGGGAGAACAAAGAAACGAGUUGAGUGUUCGUCUUGUGCCAGGGAAAUACCGAGGACGAGUGGAGGUUAAGCACAAUGAUGUCUGGGGCACCAUUUGUGACGACAACUUCGACAAGCUGGAUGGCAAAGUCAUCUGCAAGAUGCUGGGCUUUCAAUCCGUCAUUUCCACCUUCACUGCCACCCCAGGGUCUGGUCGGAUCUGGCUGGAUGAACUGCGAUGCACAGGGGCAGAGUCUGAUAUUUUUGACUGCCAGCACAGUGAAACUGGCGUUCACAACUGCGGCCACGAUGAGGAUGCUGGAGUGCAGUGUGUCUAGACUGAAAGAAAAGAAGAAAAAGGAGGGAAGAAACACUUCUUUUUAGGUUGUUACACAUUUAAAUAUGAUAAACAUACAGUGUACAUUUAUAUUAAGUGGGAGAGGUACUGUAAGCCAAGUACAUUUACUCAAGUACUGUACUUGCAGAUGUGAUGUAUGCAUACUUUUCAUUUUUUCAUUUUAUGCUUGUUUUUGCUUUAUACAGUAGUAUAUAAAACAGCUCAAAUCAGUUUCACCUUCAGCUCAACUAUAGCAUUAAAAUACUGUUUAAGUAUUAAUGCAUUAGUAAUAACAACCCAGUGGCAUAAUAAAUAACAGUAUAACCCUGACAGUAAUAGAGAGUAAUUUUGCCUGCAAAAUAAUUUAGCCUGCAUAGUGGGAACUUUAAGAAAAUUUUGUUGAAAAUACUUAAAUGCUUUACCUAAAUACAGAUGUGAAUGCAUUUAUAUUGCUUGUAAUGGAGUGAUUUUACAAGAAAAUGAUUUGGACACAUCACAUACACACAUCUCACUCAGGUUGUAAGCAGAGAUCAACCCUGCUACUCAUGAUGUUGAAAGCUGGAUCUAAUUGCAUACUCAUGAAACAGCAUAAAAAGCUUCAAUUAGCUAAUUUAGAUUUUAUCAAUGAAUACAUAAGCUAAAAUGUGUGCUGUAAACAAAAGCUCAUGCUAACAACACUUACUGGGAGUGACAUUUCAGGCCCUUCCCAUCUCUCUCUACUCUGCUGGUUAGUCUGCUACUUUGCGUUGCUCUCACCAGUCCCUGUCCUCCUCCACUUACCCUCUGUGGCCUUAAGAAACAUGCUGACAUACCUUCUGUUCAUUGCAUGUCACCACAGGUGACUUUGUAGAGGAUGAAAAUAUUACAUUCAAGAACACGUGGUGCUGAAGAAUGGUGUCUCACACAGUCAGCUCUAUCACAGACACCUAAAGGGAACAUGCUGUUGAUACACAUUCUUAUCAAGGGACAUCACAGUCAUUGGGUCAGCUGUAAAGACCCCCUCCUUUGCAAAUCAGCUUUUCCCUUUAAUGUGUUCAUAUGAUGUUUUUGCAUGCUAAAAGACUUGAGCAAACUAAGCAAUCAACACCAUGGCUGAGAAUUUCUACCUUAAAACUGCAGUACAUGGAUGUCAGUUCAUAAAGAAAAACCGAUUCAGACUUCUGGUAUUUCAUAUGUAACUGCAGUGGAAAAUACCAUCUACAUACGUUUGCUUCCAGAUACAUGUACACUCCCCUCCAAAAGUAUUGGAACAGUGAGGUAAAUUCUUUUAUUUUUGCUGUAGGCUGAAAACAUUUGGGUUUGACAUCAAACAAUGAAUAUGAGACAUAAGAUCAACCUUUCAGCUUUUAUUUCCUGGUAUUUACAUCUGGAUCUGACACACACAACUUAGAAGCUAGCAUUAUUUGUAACACCAAAUUUUUAGGUAAGCAAAAGUAUCAGAACAGAUGGCUUAAAAACAGAUUUAAGUGAAUAAGACUUAAUAUGUAGUUGCAAAUCCUUUGCUUGCAAUAACUGCAUCAAGCCUGUGUUCCACUGACAUCACCAAACGUGCAUUCUUCUUUUGUGAUGCUUUUCCAGGCUUUCACUGCAGCCUCUUUCGGUUGUUGGUUGUUUUGGGGUUUACUCCCUUCAGUCUCCUAUUUAGCAGGUAAAAUACAGCUCUAUAGGGUUAAAGUCUGGAGAUUGACUUGACCAGUCUAAAAUCUUCCAUGUCUUGCCCCUGAUGAACCCCUUUGUUGUUUUGGUAGUGUGUUUUGGGUCAUUAUCUUGCUGCACGAUGAAGGAUCUCCCAAAUAAGUUUGGUUGCAUCUUUCUUUAAAUCGGCAGACAUAAUGUUUCUGUUAACUCUGAGUUUGUUUUGCUGCUGCCAUCACGUGUUCCAUCAUCAAUGCAGAUUAUUGAGCCAUCCCAGAAGAAGCCAUGCAAGCCCAAGCCAUGACAUUACCUCCACUGUGUUUCACAGAUGAGCUUGUAUGUUUGGGAUAAUGAGCAGAUCCUUUCUUGCUCCAAACUUUAUCCUUUCCAUCACUUUGGUAAAGGUUCAUCUUUGUCUCAUCAGUCCAUAAAACUUUGUCACAGAAUUUUGGAGGCUCAUUUCUGUACUUUUUGGGAAAUUUCAGCCUGUCCUUCCUAUUCUUAUUGCUAAUGUGUGGUUUGCAUCUUCUGGUGUAGCCUCUGUAUUGAAGUAGAACCCAAAUCUGAAACUGAAUGUAGACAUGGCACACUAUUUAUUGUUUGAACAAUCAAUGUAAUAGGACACACCAGAGCAAUGAAACGCACCUGUCAGUCACACAUUCCAGUUUAUUUGCUCACAUGAAAAAUGGGUAGGUUCAAACCAAAGGCACUGUCUUCUGAGUUGUGUAUAAGAUCCAGAUGUAAAUACCUGGAAAUUAAAGCUGAAAUGUUGAUCUUUGUCUCAUAUUCAUCGUUUGAUGUCAAGCCCAAAUGUUUUCAGUCUACAGCAAAAAUAAAGGAAUUGGCCUCAAUAUACCAAUACUUUUGAAGGGAAUGUAUAUCUCUAGUCAUUUAUUUAUGUGUUCAAAAGUUGUUCUUUAUACUUUGCUUGUUUCAUCAUAUAAUCAUCUACAGUUAUCCGUAUGACCAUAUGUUUUUCUAUAUAGAUAUGUGUGUGUUCCAUGAGUUCUAUAUACAGUUAUGCAUGAUUAUUCUCAUUUAUUCUUAUAAGAGCAAAGUAGUAGUGUAUUCUCACGUCUCCUCUGAAUAAGAAUUGGUAAUGGAAUGUGGUUAGCAGAAAGGCCUCUCUGCUGUUCUCCUCCUCAGGCGGACCUGAAAAGAAAAUGCCCUGUGCUACUGAGUGUCAAAGAAAAAAUUAACAGGACCAUGAAGCAGACAGAAGCAAAAAAAAAAAAACAAAAAAAAAAUUGCAACCACUGGAUGGUCAGAGUAAUUAUUAAUUUGUCACAAAUGUUUGGCUGAUUCUAAUUGGUAGAUGAAGCCAGAGAAGGAGGACUUUGGAAAAGCAUCAAUACAAUGGAUUUGCUAACAGUAUAAAAAUGUAUGUACACAUUAAAAAUUCAGUUGUAUCUCUCAUUUCAGUUCAGUUCAAUUCAAAAAACUAUAUUUGUCCCCAAGGUGCAAUUAAAAAGGGCAUACAAGCAGCUUAAAAACAACGAGGCAAGACAUACAAUUACACACAAAAAGACAAAACAACAUUAAAAAGAACACUGUAAUUUUAAAGUGCUUUUUUUUGUUCCUCAUGUAUGGGACAGUAAAGUGCUCUUGAAUACUAUGUUAAAAGAAUGUGUGUGUUAAAUAAAAUAAAAAAGUCUACUGAGCUGAAUUAAGAAGCAGGACAGCUCUAGGGACAAAGGAGGACUUCCUCCUUUGCGUCCUGCAGCCUGGGCAGCGUAGUCUAUGUCCUGACGGAAGCCAUUCAAACACAGCACACAGAAUGUGGGAGGAGUCCUGUAAGAUCCUGCGUGCUGUCUUUAUGGUCUGUUGGUCACAUAACACAGUCAGACUGCGAACAGGCUGCCCGAUGAUUGUGGAGCAGACUUUCGCUGUGUUCAACAGGUGAUUUCUACACUGCAGUGUGAUGGAAUAAAACCAACACAGUCAUAUUUUCAAUAAAAGCAUACCAAAAUGUAGUCAAAA